AUGGAUAAUGCACUGGAGUUUGUAAAUUCUAGAUUAGGAACUCAACAAUAUUGGGAUAAAUUUUAUGAUGAAGAGUUGGCUAAUUUUGAGGAAAAUGGUGGAGAAGGAGAGAUCUGGUUUGGUCGUUUAUGUGAGGCUAAAAUGGUUGAAUUUUUAAUCAAGAAAGCACCCAAAGAUGCAAUUAUUUGUGAUAUUGGUACAGGGAAUGGAUCGGUAUUGCGAAAAUUGAGUAAUUGUGGUUUUUUGAAUUUAUUUGGAAUUGAUUAUUCUAAUAAAGCUAUAGAAUUGGCAAAGAAUAUUUCAUCUAAAAAUUAUUCUAAUAAUAAAAUAAAAUUUUUGUUAGUAAAUAUUAGUGAUGAUAAAUUUGAAAGUGAAUUGAAAGGAAAAUUUGAUAUUUUGUUGGAUAAGGGUACUUUUGACGCAAUAUCCCUCACAAAUAAAUCUGAUCGGGAAAAUCAUUUAAAAUUUUAUCAACAAAAUAUUUGUCAACUUUUUAAACAAAAAUUUAAUGACAAAAGUAAAAAUACCUAUAUACUUAUUUUAUUUGAGAUUUAA